GCAGGGCCGCGUGGGCCCAGGGGAGGCCUCGGGCAGUGGAUCCCGCCGGCACCUGGAGGGGCGGAGGGCGGCGGGCUCCGGAGGCCACAGCGAUAGGGGCGCGCGGCCCGGCUGGGCUCGCAGCGCCGGGAGGGUGGGCGCCGCGGGCCGCGGAGGCCAGCGCUGCCCAAUGACGUACCGACAGGACUGUGCUGGGCCCUGGGCUCCUGAGGGCGACGCAGCCCGGCUCCGGGGCCGGCGGCUCCAUUAGACGGUCGGGGCGGGCCGGAGCAUCAGCACCGUAAUGGCCAUAGCUGGAACAACCUUGCUUCUAAGAAGUGUUCGACUGACGUCAAAAUUUACAAGUUCUUCAGAUAUUCCAGUAGAAUUUAUAAGAAGGAAUGUUAAAUUACGUGGUCGAUUACGCCGAAUAACCGAGAAUGGUUUGGAAAUUGAACAUAUUCCUAUUACUCUACCUAUUAUAGCUUCAUGGAGAAAAGAGCCAUGUGGUGUUUUGCUGGUGAAGCUGGCUGGAGUAGAACUCACUGAAACUGGGAAGGCGUGGUUACAAAAAGAACUGAAACCUUCCCAACUUCUAUGGUUUCAACUUCUUGGAAAGGAGAAUUCAACACUCUUUUGCUAUCUUUUAGUGAAUAGGGGUAGAUAUUUUAGUGUGAAUCUGAAUGAAGAAAUUUUGAGAAGAGGCCUUGGCAAAACUGUUCUUGUUAAAGGGUUAAAUUAUGAUUCUAAAAUCUAUUGGAAAAUUCACAGAAACUUACUUAAAGCUGAAUUAACAGCCUUAAAAAAAGGAGAAGGAAUAUGGAAGGAAGAAUCUGAAAAAGAAAGUUAUUUGGAAAAAUUCAAAAACUCUUGGAGAGAAACAUGGAAAAAAGACAGUUAUUUUAAAAAAGCUGGAUCAGAUUUCAACCUGAAAAAAAGUUAUGACAAAUUUAGAAGUACUUAUGAAGCAUGGAAAGACAACUACUUAAUACUGAAGUUCAAAGAACUUAUGAGUCGCAUACACUUUCGUAGAAAAGGGUGAAAUAUUCCAAGAGGUCUGGAGGUGACCUAUUCUGAAAAGAGCAAAACAUGUAAAUAUAUGACUAUUUUUCAUUGAGCCGAAAUGGAAAUUUCCUGAAAUGAUCAAAGUUGUAUUCUAAUGGUAUUUAAAUAUUUAAGAGAUGAUUGUUACAAAUGUAAUAGCAGACUAAUUUAAACAAAUUGUGAUUAAUGUAGUAUUCUUUUAGGAAAAAAACUAUGAAAAGUUACCAGAUUGAAGGAUACAUACAUAUAGUGUUAAUAUUUGAAGAGAGAGUUUAACUAUUGGCCAUUGUGUUGUUUUAGUUGCUUUGGGUAGCCAUGUUUAUUUUUCCAGUUUUAUCAACUUUGAUUAUUUAUAAUAAAAGAAUUGUUUAUA